AGAAGAUGAUUAGGGCUGUGAGGAAUGUCUGAACUUUGAAGAUGGUGAACUGGAAUGUAGGUGCAGAUCAUGGGGAUUCGUGUUUGGAUUUGGAUUUGGCACAGUUACGAAGAACAAACAACCAUGAUCUCUCUAACUUACUAGUGCAGUAAUAAUGGAGAGUAGGUGAAAUGGUCGUUUUAUGAGACAAUGAAAAAGAGAUUAUGAGAGAGAGAGAGAAGCUGAGGUCAUGAAUGCAUCCAUUAGUUUCUCCCUCCCCUCUUCUUUAAAUACCUUGUCUUUUGCUGCUUUACAAGUCCAAUGGGAAGUGUGAAAGCCUCUCUGGAGGAGAUACUAACAAGCUUCUGGUUAGCAAUGCAGCCAGCCAAUGCUAGUUUGUGUUCCUUUGAUGAUUUGUCCUGCUUCAUCCCUAAUGGGUUGCAGAGGAAGAACAGCUUUAAUGAUUUUCUGAGCUGGAACAAAAAGCUGCGGAUAGAAGUAGAACACGGAACGACCUGGUUGCAUUACUCUCGUUGUCGUGCCAAGCAAGGGAAUUUAAGGGGUGGGUAUGAUGCUGUCUUUUCCAAGGAGAUCAGAAGAUGUUUCUGGGGUUAACCGAUUGCUGGUUGUCCAUUGAUCAUGCGCUGAUUGUGGUGGCUGAACUUGCCACUGUUUAUAGUGAUUCAGCUCUUAAAUCCGUGUAGGUUGAACCAGAAAAUACAUGUGGAAGCUUUACUUGCUUUCAAGAGUUCAGUUAGCAAUUGUCAACACUUGCAUAGUUGGUACGGAUGCUUGAAAUCAUGGAGAGGGCCAUUAUUUCCUUGUUGCAUGGGGCCCCUACACAUUGUUCUCAUACUGCAUCAACUAAUUUAUCACCGAGUUCUUUGACUUCAUCUCCUGUAAAAAAAUUUAUUCUAUUUCAAUCCAAUCUCUAUAAAUCAAGAAAAACAAGGAUAGCUGCCACUGUUGGUGGAGACAAUGGUGUUCCAACCCUCACACCAUCACAAACUGAUUUUGUUGAGAGACCAGGAAAGCAGAGAUUAGCAACCAUAGUCGGUGGAAGUGCUGUUGGCGCUUUGCUUCUUGUUAUCAUUGCAGUGCUUGUCUUUAUCUACUUGUUGCGUGCCAAAAGAUUUGUGAGGAGGACAUCUGAGACAGAAUCUUCUGCAGCAUCUACACAUGUUGACUGCCCAAGAGAGAAUGGUUCCCGACAAGCUGGUACUGUCUCUUCCUAUGAAACACAAAAUCUUAGGCAGCUAACAAUAGCGGAGCUGGAGCAUGCUACAUCCCAUUUUAGUCAGAUUAAUGUUGUUGGGGAAGGUGGCUUUGGAAUAGUGUACAAAGGAUUGCUUCAAGAUGGGUCUAUCGUGGCCAUCAAAAGACGAGUACAUGAACCGAGUCUGUCUUUUAUUUAUGAGGUGGAGAAUAUAGGUCACAUCCACCACAAGCAUACAGUCAGACUCAUCGGUUAUUGCCAAGAAAGCCAUCAACAGUUACUUGUCUAUGAGUAUCUCCCCAAUGGGAAUGUCGGGAAUCAUUUAUACGAUAGUGAAGGUUUUCCCAUUGGAAAGCUAGACAUUGGGAAACGACUGUCAAUUGCUUUGGGCACAGCCAGAGGACUGGAGUACUUGCAUAGCUUGGAGCCCCCACUCCUGCACAUGCACUUCCAAACAAGCAAUGUUCUUGUGGAUGAAAAUUUUGCUGCCAAGGUUUCUGAUUUUGGAAUCUCGAAACUAGUAGAAGAGGGAAACUGGGCUGGAUCAUCUUCAAGCAUCGAUUGCUUUCUUGAUCCAGAGUUGAGAUUAAAAACUGAGUUUUCCGAAAAGAGCGAUGUAUAUAGUUUUGGGGUAUUUUUAUUGGAACUGUUGAGUGGCCAUGAAGCUUCCUCUAUCGAUCAGUCAGGCGCAUUGCGAAAUCUAGUGGCACAGGCCUGUUGUCCAAAUGUGAAGGCUAAGGAUAUCCAUGUUCUUGAAAGUUUAGUUGACAAGGCAUUGCUGGGUAAAGCUGAAUUUCCUGUGAAAUUGAUGAUGGAACUGGUAGUAAUAUGUGUGGGCAGUGGUGAGAGAAGGCCCACAAUGAAGUGGUUGGUUGCAGUGUUAGAGCUGAUUCAAGAGAGACGAAUGGAUCAUGUCCAUACUGGUUUAGGUAAAGAGAUUGAUUCUGUGACUCUUGGGAGUGAGCUCUUCAAGUGAUAGAUGACCUGUAAGCUAUCAUUCUUUAAUUGUAUCAAUUGAUUUCAGUGACAUCCCCAACAGAAAUUCAGUUGAAAUAUGGGGAGAAAAUUCAUGUCUGUUUUAGAGAAUUGUUUAUAUAAAUGAAAUUGUUCCAAAUGAUCAUUCUUAUUUGUUUUUUGA